AAUAAUUAUAAACAGGAAUGGUCUGAUUCUAUGUGGAAAAGAAAGAAGAGUGUUGAAAGCACGAUGCCGAUAGAAAGUCGAUAUUCCGAAGUCGUAAUUCCCGAUAUUUCUUUUUCUGAUUACAUUUUCAAAUCUUUGCGUCGCUAUGGAAAUAGAGUCGCAAUUAUCGAGGCGGGCACAGGACGAAAACUAACAUUUAAAGACAUUGAAAUCGAAGUGUUGAAGUGUGCAAGUGCGUUGUAUAAGCAUGGAGUAAGGAAAGGUGAUAUGGUGGCAACUUCGGCCUGGAACAGUCCGGAAUAUAUCAUCGUAAUUUUGGCAGCUGCGGCUUGUGGCGCCACAAUUACCACUUGCAAUCCAUUUUACACUGAAGAUGAAUUACGACAUCAGUUGAGUGAUUCUCAGCCUAAACUAGUCUUCACUGUAACAAGUUCGUACCAAAAAGUUAAAAACAUUUCCUCGACGAUAUCAUCAAUUCAGAAAAUAUGCAACUUGGGCAAACUCGAUGGGGCAGAAACUUAUGAAGAUCUUGUCAAGAAUGAAGAUGGAAAAGAUUUUCCAACUGACAUCCAGAUCGAUCCGCGAGAAGAUAUAUUGUUUUUGCCAUACUCUAGUGGCACAACUGGGUUACCAAAAGGAGUUAUGUUGACCCAUCGAAAUUUCGUUUCCAGCCUUGUCAUCUUUAAGGUUAAAACAGGACUUAGUCUAGAUUGCAUCUAUACCGUUUUACCAAUAUUUCACAUGACUGGAUUGCUGAUAACAUUUAAAGCCUUAGAUCAGGGCCAAAAGCAUCUGCUGGACGUUCGAUUUGAUAUUGAGAAAUUCUUGGCUAAUAUAGAAAAAUAUAAGGUAACAUCGUUUAUGAGCGUUCCUCCUAUGCUCAUGAAGAUAGUGAAAUCUUCUCUCAUAAGCAAAUAUGAUUUGUCAUCUUUGCGAAACGUUGGUUGUGGUGCUGCUCCAUUGCCAAUGGACGUGGGCGAAUCGGCUAAGAAAAAAUUGAACUGCAAUCUUAGCCAGGGUAAAUAUAUGUUCACUACAGGUUGGGGUCUGACGGAAGCUGUGCCCGUUGUGAUGACUCAUGCAUCUUAUAGCCCGGUGAAUUCAGUUGGAAUCGUGUGUGCUAACACGCAACUCAAAGUAAUCGACGUUAGUACUGGAAAAGAACUUGGACAAAAUGAACAUGGGGAACUGUGCGUGAAAGGGCCUCAGGUGAUGAAAGGAUAUUUCAAGAACCCAUCAUCAACUGCUGAUACAAUUGAUGCAGAUGGAUGGCUUCAUACUGGGGAUGUCGGGUAUUAUGAUGACAAUGAAUUGAUUUAUAUUAUUGAUCGCAUUAAAGAACUGAUCAAAUAUAAAGGAUUUCAGGUUGCCCCUGCUGAAUUAGAAGCGACACUAGUUGCCCAUCCUAAAAUUUUCGAAGCAGUCGUUAUUGGAGUUCCGGACCAAGAGGCAGGAGAACUUGCAAAAGCCUUUGUUGUUCCAAAAGAUCCGAGUUUAACAAAAGAUGAGAUCCACGAAUAUGUAGCUGGUAAAUUGACAAAGUACAAGCACCUGCAUGGUGGCAUUGAAUUUCGUGACAACAUUGAAAAAACUCCCAGUGGGAAACUAUUGAGACGAAAACUACGUCAGAGCAUUGCCAAAAACUGAUUAUAGCAAGCUUCAUGGGGUGAAAAGUAUUAUUUAUAAAUUCUCAGAAAAAAAUGAGGCAAUCCGUUAUAUCAAACUGCAUUCUUUUAUCAUGCAAUAACUAAAUGUAGGGAGAAAUACCUUUUAAUUAAUCCGAAAUCCAUUUAAUCUCUUUAUGAUUGAAAUCCUUAGCGCAUCAGUUUAUUAUGGUUUGUCGAAUGGAAUAAAUUUAUGUCGAUCAGUUCGUCAGUUUGAAGACAAUUCUAAAGCUCAUGUAAAUUUUUUAGUAGAAAUGCAAAAGAAAAAAAAGAAUAUGUUUUGGACACAGAGAUAAGUAUGUUCAAAAAUAAAAUAUAAAUUUGAUUACAGUAUUUAGUAGAAUAGAGAGGCAACAGACAGCAAAAGUUUAAAAGUAGUGGCUUUGAAAAUAAGUUCCCGCGAAAUCCUCUUAUUUUCUUGUGGGUUAAUAAAUUUGAAUUCAGUUCGAUAAUUCUAUUCUGCGCCAUUUUCUUUUGAUUUCUUUCUAUAUUG